AUGGUAGACUUGCGACUCCCGAGUGACUUCGACGACGAUCCCGUGCCCCCCUAUCAGCCUUUUCAGCCGGAUGAGUGGCACGAGGAUGCAGGCCCAGCAAUCGACUAUAAUGACGUGAACCGCCGAUACGAGAGGACGCAGUGGUGGCUCAAUAUGCAACCUAUGCGUCCCCCUAGUGGUGUAGACCUCUCUGGCCCGCCCAUUCCUGUCAAAUUGAAGACUCUGCGUGUCUCCUUACUGUUGUGGACGACGACGAGGGAGCCUCCGUGGACCCGCGAUACCAUCACCGUGCAGAAUGACUUGUCAUGGCACGAUUUCUCCGACCGUCUUGCGGCCAGGAUGGAGAUCGACCUGGAUAGCACGGAACUUGGAUGGAAGACUGAGGGCGCAAAGGCAGGUGAUCCGUGCAGGAUCCUCAAAGACGAAUACAAUAUGCGGGACACCUUUGAAGAGGUCAUCACAAUGAAUGAGAGAGCGCGGACGCGUGUGCGCGAGCUAAUGGUGUAUAACCUUACGGUGGAAGAGGAAGUGAAAGAGAAAAAGCAGAAGAAGAAAAGCAAGAAGAAGAAGGGCAAGAAGGGUAAAAAACGGCAGCGGGAUGAUUCAUUGGACAAGUCGCAACCCGACGAGUCCGAGACAUACCUAGCUUGCUUUCGACAGCUCAAAGAAGCUCUCGCGUGUCAAGACAGUCACUGCAAGAACAAAACUCAUGGGAAGAUUCAGUACUGUUGGGUGAAUCCGAGGACAACUGACCAUGAUGCAGUUUCCUUGGCACAGCUGACAUUCUGGGCACGGGAAAUGAAGGACGCACCUCGCCGACGAAACCGCCGGAGGCUGACAUCUUUGAUACAAUCAAUACGGUCCAUGUCCGCGGACGAGCACUAUCCAAUCCUUGAUUACCCUCAGUACGAGGACGUUCUACGAGGCCAGGGUAUUGCGUACGUCAAGAAUGUGGUACGGUUUGAUAGUGGCUUCUUUGAGGAACAGUGUGGGCUGCCACCCGGUGUCAUUCCUGACCUCCUGGAUCGGGCGGCGGUGAUGGUGCGCAGAGCGCAAAAUGGUGAUGGCAGAGCUUCACCUGCUUAUGACAAGGAAAACACGCCUGCCAAUGCUUGA